AUGACGAUCGCUUCAUUACUAAUUGGAUUACUACUAUUAUUUCAGCGUAUCAAUGUUGAAGCACUAAAUUCAGCUCUUUGUUAUUUAUCAUAUCGACCAGCACCAGAGUUACUUGAAUUUGCUCAAGAAUUGGCUCAAGAUGCAUUACACUAUGGUGUUGAAAUAUUUAUUAUGGUUGACGAUAAUAGUUUUAAUAUUUCCGCCGUGAAUGUUUCACCUAAUGUUCGACUACUUCAAAUUCCACGAGAAGAAAGCUCUCGACACAACUAUCAGAAAGCCAUUAGUUCAGGAGGUACAUGGCUAUAUAUUACAUCAUGGGAUAAAGCUCUUUUCUAUUUUUGUGCACUCAAUCGAAACUAUUCAUUUGUUUGGUUCCUAGAAGAAGAUGUGUUUAUUCCAAAUGUACAAGCAUUUCGUUCACUGCAUGAGCUUUAUGCGAAUACUAGUGAUUUAAUUGUUCCUCGUCAUGGACUUAAUUUAGAUGGUUCUGAUGGACUGUGGCGAUGGGUAAUGGCAUCUGGAAAAUUUCUUCCACCUUGGGCUUGUUCCAUGGCCAAUGCAGUGGGAUUCAGUCGACGAAUGCUUAUAGCUAUGGAUCAAUUUGUUCAAUGGUUAGGUGAAGUGCCAUUUCAUGAAUUCUUUUUCAAUACAUUAGCGGUGCAAUUAAACUUUACCAUUGUCACACCAACUGAAUUAAGCACUAUUGAAUAUGCAAAAGUAUUUUAUUACGAAGAUGUACGCAAACAACCUAAUAAUAUGUGGCAUCCAAUUAAAGAUUUUCCUAAAGGAAAAUUGUGGCGAAAGAGUUUGAUUAACGAAACUUUAAACCAUAAUCAUACUUUUACAUUAACUGAGGUAGAAAUGUUAUGUCAUGAAAGUCAAAAUAUGAGAAAUAUUGAACAACAUCUGGAAGAUUUAUUUAUUCGAUUCGAAAUAAAUAAAAGCAAUUUGUCAUCGAAUGUUCGUCGUUUAUGGCGUCAGCGUUUUUCUGAUCUUGCUGAAGAAUGUCAAAAACGAAAUGUUUCUCAAGAAAUCGUAUCAUUCUUAAUCAAACUUGUUGAUCAUAUUUAUAAACUACCAGAACGUAUGUAA